UUGGCAAGAUUGGAGCGUGUUGAAAAGGAACAGCUUGCUUUGAAGCAAGGCCAGACUGAUAUUUUGAAAGGGCAGAAUGAGAUAAUGGGUUACUUGAAGACCCUAUUGGCUCUUAUGGGAGAUCAGAGAAGGCCCAGCGCAGAGGCAGAGCCACAGCCAGACGCCGUGUCUCCAGGAGAUGAGUUCAUUCUUCCGAAUGAUUACAGACCUAAUGAUGAGGAAGAUGUACUCCGGACACCUCGUAACAUGCUCUGGUCACGUCCAUUGGAGAUACCCAAGAUUCAGAGGUUCAGGUUUUAGAGACCGUUCCAACACCGGUGGAGAAGAGAACGAAGAAAAGGCCAAGGUGGUUUGACGAGUACACCGAAAUGAAGAAGAAGAUGAAGCCAUCAACAACCAAUGUGAAUGUUGACCCACUUCGGCCCGUUGAUGAGAAGCUACUACAUAGUUUUCGAAAUUGGUUAGUGGGAACCAUCGGAAACAAGUAUCCGAGGGACGUCUUCACCGGUCUGUGUGGCGUGGCUUGGUUCUCGACCCUAAAUACAGACAAACUAUGGCUUUCUGAUGACCAUUUGGAUGCUGCUUUCCAUAUGAUGAGGAGGAGGCAACACUUCUUCCCGGAGUUGUACCCACGUAAGUGUACUGUGAUGCCAUCUUGGUUUACCUCAUCGUUGAGGGGUCGGUGGGAUGCUUGGAAGAGCAAUACUGACCAUGAUGGUUUUGUUUGGGAUGAGUCCAUCUUGGAACUCCUUCGUGGGGAUCCAAACCAAUUUUUGCCUUCUUGGAAGGGUAUGGAGUGCAUAUACAUGUCCAUGUUCUUGAACAGACCGAAACAUUGGAUCGCUAUGGAGGUCAAUCUUGAGUUGUGGAAGAUAUUCCUCUUCGAUUCGAGUCUUGGAUCUCUAACGAAAGACGAACUGAAUUCGCUUAUGGAUGUGUGGUGCCCUUUACUAGCCAAAUUGGUGGACCAGUGUGGUGUAUGUGACACUCAUUACAUGGUGAUGGUCCCUCAAAUGACAGCCUCCGAAAGUCGUCGACCCUUCGACCGGGAAAUGAUGGACAAUAAAGUUGUACCUCAGACAAAAUCGAGCGGCGAUUGUGGAAUGUACGUCAUAGAGCAUAUUGAGCAUAAGUUAUUGGAUCUACCAUUCGAUGGAGUACAUGAUCAGCAUAUGUCGCUCUUUCGGCAGAGAUGGGCAGUAGAUUUAUUCUACCAGAACUUGGCAUGA